AUGAAUGUCGUCAACUAUUUAUUGAUAUUCUUUCCCUUAAUCUCUUCUGGAGAAUAUAGAUCAAAUACUAUACGUGGAGCACACGACCUACUAUAUGUUCGUCAGGUUUGUGAAACCAUGUCUGGCAAUGAAGCAUCUUCCUCUACCACUACUUCAACCAAUGAUUCAAAGCCUUUUGACCAAGUUAAUGUCUUCCAGCAGGAUGGUCCAAAGAGUUGUUGCAAGACCUCAACCCUGAAACAGCGAUCUUCAUCAGGGACAGCUAUCUCAAGCUCAUCGACCUCAUCACACCUCAGUUGGAUUUCUUUCGCAUCCUUGUCACCGGCAAUCCUGGCAAAUGAGUUGCAACAACAGCUAAUGGACCGUGAUGCCAUCUACCUCGUUGACUCUGUGAACUAUGAACAACAAGUCAAAUGCCAAUGUAGUGUCUUUAUGGUCUCGUCACCAAAUCCAGAAAAGUACAAAGAGUACCUCAAGACUUACAGUGAACACAAAAAGUAUUGGCUGAGUCCGUGGACAUAUGAAGAGAUCAAAUUCGCACACAAAGAAAUAUUCAACAAAUUCGACCUCAAAUGCAUUGAUCUCAACUUUGAUCAUUGGGGUGGAAUACCACGAUACGUCUUUUCCAACGACACAGAUACGAAGGGGCUCGAUGAUGCCAUUGCUCAAUGUGACUUGCCAUUGGUCUCGAAGUUUGUUGGAGAGUCUACCUUCUCAAUGUCAAUUUCACACAAGAUUCUCCACACGUACGCGAUAGACAAUGGCUUCAGACACACAAGGAUCGAGUUUGGAUCAAAGUACAUUGCAGAUAGGAUAACGACAUUGUUGGUUCACGCCAAUAAGAACGCAAUCAUUUCCUUCAUUCAAGAUAGACCGUCCAAAUACAAGGCAGAUACCAAUAGUGAUAUUGCCGAUUCAAUCGACCAAUGGACACCAUCUUUCAGUUAUCCACCAAACCAAAUGAAAUCAUUUAAUCACACAUUCGCGACGCUUGUGUUGAAAACCCGCAACAUCAUCCAACCAGUUGCUGCUCUCUAUUUGACUGCAUUACAAGAUGUGCGUAACAUCGAUUCUAAGAAGAAGCUUGACUUCCUUAAUCAUUAUGUUGUUAUAACUGAUUAG